AUGACCGACGCACCCCAGACUUUGGUCCAGCGCGGCUACGAUGAGAUUGCCGAAACGUACCUGAAGUGGGCGACGCAAAAGGAGACGCCGCGCCCUGCCCAGCUCCAGCUCCUGUUCCGCGAGCUCGGGGGCGCGGCGUCGUCGGCGCGCGUGCUGGAGCUCGGCUGCGGCGCCGGCGUGCCGGGCACGCAAAUCCUUUCGCAGACGUGCGGCAGCGUGGUCGCCAACGACAUCUCCGACGCGCAGAUGCGCCUCGCCAAGACGCACAUGGCGGGCGCCGACAACGUCGAGUUCGUCUCCGGCGACAUGACGCAGCUGGCCUUUGGCGAUGGCUCUCUUGACGCCGUUGUCGCGCUGUACUCGAUCAUUCACCUGCCGCGGGAGGAUCAGAAGAGGAUGUUUGGGCGCAUCCACGCCUGGCUUCGGGACGGGGGCAUGCUCCUGUGCAAUCUGGGCACGUCGGACGACGAAGGGUCUGUGGCGAGCUGGUUGGGGACACAGAUGUACUGGAGCCAGUGCAACCCCGAGGCAAACAUUCGCAUGGUGGAGGGCGCUGGCUUUCACGUCGUGCAGAACAAGGUCAUUGAGGAGGAAGAGGAUGGACGCAUCAUUCCGUUUCAGUGGAUACUUGCGCGAAAGGGCGAGCCCGCGAAAUGA